CACAGGAGCUGUUCAGAGCAGCCAGUGCUGAAUGCAGGCAGACAGCAUGCACAGAGUUUGCCAGGCAGACAGAGCAUAGGACUGGCUUUCUCCAUGUAGUCCUGCUUGGGCUAGGGGGAUUUUUUUUUUUUGAAUGGGGGGGUAAAACUUGAUGCGCUGGCUGAAACUGGGUUUUUAUUGCACUUGGUGAACAAGGAACAGGAUAAAGUUUGAUAACCACUCUGUGGUGUUGCAGUUGGCUGUAUCUCUGGGAUUUUUAACUCUUUUUUUUUUUGUUGUUUCUCCUUCCACUCCUCUGGGUUUGGGCUGUCAGACGAAGGGUGCAUGCAUGACACUCCGCAAAGGAGAAAAGACGACCAUUAGCAUCCAGGAGCACAUGGCGAUCGAUGUCUGUCCCGGUCCCAUUCAGCCAAUCAAGCAGAUCUCUGACUAUUUUCCCCGCUUCCCGCGGGGUCUUCCCCCCACAGUGACCCCUGCCAUCAGCCGCACCAGUUCGCUGCGCUCAUCAGCCAGUCAACCUUCAUCAACAGCCCCUUCGGAUGCCUCCCGAGAGGAUGAAGAUGUGGACAAGGUGUUUGGAGCAGCAGCGGCAGCUGCCAUGCCUGGGAAAAAGGAAGAAGAGCCAGAGGUUGAGGGCUACGACUCCGAUGACUCCACCACCCUGGGGACACUGGAUUUCAGCCUGCUGUAUGACCAGGAAAACAACGCACUCCACUGCAGCAUUAAUAAGGCUAAGGGCCUCAGGCCAAUGGACCACAAUGGGCUAGCAGACCCCUAUGUCAAGCUGCACCUGCUCCCUGGAGCCAGCAAGGCAAAUAAACUACGGACAAAAACUCUUCGAAACACUCUGCACCCAGUAUGGAAUGAAACACUUACAUAUUAUGGUAUCACAGAUGAGGAUAUGGUCCGCAAAACCCUCAGGAUCUCUGUUUGUGAUGAGGACAAGUUCCGUCACAACGAAUUCAUUGGAGAGACCCGAAUCCCCCUGAAGAAGCUGAAACCCAACCAGACCAAAAAUUUCAACAUCUGCCUGGAGAAACAAUUGCCGGUUGACAAAACAGAGGACAAGUCUUUGGAAGAGCGAGGACGGAUCAUGAUCUCCUUGAAGUACAGCUCCCAGAAGUCAGGGUUGAUUGUUGGAAUCCUGCGCUGUGCACACCUGGCAGCUAUGGAUGCUAAUGGCUUCUCUGAUCCAUAUGUCAAAACGUAUCUGAAACCAGAUGUGGAGAAGAAGUCAAAGCACAAAACAGCCGUGAAGAAGAAGACCCUGAAUCCAGAAUUUAAUGAGGAGUUCUUCUAUGAAAUCAAACAUGCUGACCUCACCAAGAAGACUCUUGAAGUAACUGUAUGGGAUUAUGACAUUGGGAAGUCUAAUGACUUUAUAGGUGGAGUGACCCUGGGGAUCAACGCCAAGGGUGAGCGGCUGAAGCACUGGUUUGACUGCCUCAAAAAUAAGGACAAAAAAAUUGAGCGGUGGCACACCCUGACUAACGAACUUCCAGGGUCGGCUUUCAGUGACUGAGGCUCUGCCCCCUCACCUGCAAGGGAAACCCUUGGGUAGAAGGGGGCCUGACUGACACCAGCACCCUGCCACAUUUACGCAGGAGACACAUUUUGUUUGAAUUUCUUACAAUUAAUGUUUACAGACAAAAGCAAAAGUUUUACAAGAAAUUCUUAUGGAUCUGGCUUCUGGUAUAGCCUCCCAUCAGGUAUCACAAUAACCAGAGUAGGGUGUGUUAGCUUCACUGACAAGGGCCUGGCCGCAAACAGUUAAAGAUUGUCAUACUUGGCAUGCUAACUCAGACUACUGUGGUCCAGCCUAAACACCACAGAGUAGAGUUUUUGACUAAGGAGAGAUUCAUAGAGUUCAUAAUUGUACACAUUCAUAGACAAACUCACAAAAUAGGAGAAAUGCCCAUGCUGUCUUGUUCAGGAACUGUAGCAAUCAAAUGGAAUGUUUCAUUAAUUUUUCUGAGCUUCUGACCCAGCAUGGCCAGGCUACAUUUGUACCUACAAACACACUUACACUGUAAAGUGCAUCACGUGGGCAACUAACAAGCAGAUUUACACAACUGAGAAAAUAAAACUUGCUGUCUGCCAUCUCAUUAGAGUGCAUGUUAAUAUUACUCCUGAGAUGACACUGAAGGAGAAAAUAUGCAAUUUUAAUUAUAAGUAAAGCCCUCAAAAUUCUGGGCAUACUAUUAACUGAGUAUUCAGCAUGCUUUAUCAAUAUACAUCCAUUAGGUUUAUGACCUCCGAGACUAUCUCAAAAGUAGUUCACAGGCAUAGUCACAGACAGACUCAGGAUCAGUCACUGAUUAACCUGUCAUACAUGAGUUUAGGAUGUGGGAGAAAAAACAAAGUACCCUGAGAAAACCGAAUGUGCAGACUCUACAAAGAAGAUUUACCAGAUAUGGAGUGGGGUGGCAGAGGUACUAACCAUUUUGUUACCAAAUGUUGGUGUAUUUCAGGUUGGCCAAGAGAAGUAAAUAUCUACUGGAAUUAUCACCUACAAUAUGGGACUUGUUAGAAUAUUCUAUGAAUGAAGUCAAAACAAUUGUGGAGACUAUAGCACGGAAACAAUGUUUGCAAUCCCAUUACUUAUUAAGAUGCAACAAUAAAGAGAAUUUCAUUUCAUUUUUUUAUCAUGUGUGCCUGGCUGCCAGCUUGUCAUGGAGCUGGAAUUCUCUUUUUCUGCAUCUUUUAACACAAUAAACCCAUAAGUCACAGAGAAUCAGUUAUGACAGGCACGUAUAGUUUAAUUUCAUUUCUAGUGUAGCAGCACAAAGUCCUGUCAGGAUGUCUAGCGCCCCUGAUUGGGAUGGGUGAUGGGAAAACAGAAAUGACCUCUGGGUAGGCUUGGUGUCAGUCAGGCCAAAGGGGCAGCUCUGCCAGCCCUGCACUAUUUCUACACUUUGUGAUCGGUUUGCCUUUGUACCUGAUUUGUACUGUAUAUACAUAUAAUGAAACGCAUGUUGGUGUGUCAGUGUGUUAUGCACUGUUUGAUACAAACAAAAGCACUCCAGUCCUCUCGCGACACUUUCACUUUUGUAUGUCUGAAUGCUGUCAAGUCCGUUUGGCUAUCAACUGGACUCCAAGUGCGCUGCCCUUCCUUCUCCAGCUUCCUUCCCUCACCUGUUCUUGGCUCAGUGCUCAUCAGCAGCAUAUUGAAUGGCUAGGUUUGAUUUUCUUUUUUUUUUGUGUUCAAUGUAGCCUUUAUCUUUUUGAUUGUUCAUUCCUCCUUUUUUGUUGCCUGUUCUGUGUUGUGUUCCUCCCCGUUUUGCUCGGAGGGCAAGCAGCCAACAGGUGUGGUGGUCCAUGUGGCAUUUCAGACUUUGAGUUGAGGAGCCCUGCUAACCCCAUACUUCAUGUCACAUAGGUAAGAAGGACUGUUUUCUUCAUGGAACAAAUGAUUUUAAAUGUCGAUAGUUAAGAGGAAGGAAAUAAUCUUUAUGUUUCUUGAAUGGAAGUCAACAAACUUUGCUGAUGUGGUUACAGACCAGUCUGAAUCUGUAAAUAAAUAAAAAAAACCCAAUCCCAUUAUCAGUACAACAAGGAGGAAUCAUAAUGAGCAAAGAAUAUUAAACACAAUCUCAAAUGCUACAGGGUUUGGUUUUUUUCUGUCUCUUUAAAAAAGAGCAUGCGAUCCCUUCAGACUAGUGAGCCUACGACUUGACUAAUGCUGUGGAGCUACAUAGCCUGACAAAAGGAGCGGCCAUCUUAAUUCAUUGUAAGAUAUAAGCAUACAGAACCCUUCAAGUGAGUUAGACUCAGAAUUGUCCCUCAAUCUGGCUCAUCUUCAAAUUUAGGAAUAAAUUGUCAAGACUUAUUUAAAACUUGGACUGAUGUUAGACACUCUAAAAAAUGAUCAGCCAUGCAAGCAGACUGACACUACGUAGAGAAGACUUGCAGAUUAAUUACAGAAGGGCAUUUGGAUUCCACCUAAUGACCUUACACUCCAAUUUCACCACUGACAGAUUUUUCAGAAAGACAGUAUAAAGGUGUACUGUAAAGUUACUGUUUGAGUGAGCAGGUGUGAGGAAGUUUUCAUUCUUUUUUUAUUUUCUGUCUCCUCAAAUAAUUGUACAUUAAUAUAUAAUUAUACAGGGGUGGAUUGCUGAUCACUGUUUAGUUGCCUUUGUAUUACCAACCUGACGCCAUGGGCAGUCCCACAGCUGUCUUUGGUUGCACUGCCUGCUGGAUUCCAUUAGGUUGGUCAUCUCACACCACUGUAUUUACAGAAGACAGUAAUUUAGACCUGUAGCAGCAUUGCCAUCUACUGGUGUUCUGUGGUAAUGCUAAAUUCCUCCCAGAAUGCCGGCAAUGGUUUAAGAGUUUAGAAAGUGAGAGGCACAUAUCAGUCAUUUUUAAGAAGUGCAAUCAGUAGUCAGUACUUGUCAGACAUUUACUGGUUUUAUCUUUUACAGUUUUACUUAAUUAUUAGCUCCAUUAGCUUUAAUGAACUGCAUACACAGUAUUGUAAACAUAUACUGUAUAGUCCACCCACUAAAAUCAAUUUAAAGUUAUUUAUCCAGGUAGUAAGUGUUUACUUACUAUAUAGCAUUAGACAAAAACACAAAGAAGCAUUAAUACAAUAAAAAGUAACAAAAAUAUCUUGUGUUAUUAAAGCAAGUGAAUAUUUUGUGCCCACUCUUGCAAUGGAAAGCUCAACUUAUUCACUUUGGUACAGUACUAUAUAAUUUUUUCAAGUUGUCCUGUGGUAAAUGCACAAGCAUCUUGUAGGAUUUCCAUAAUGCUUCUUCUUGUUCCUUUAUUAGUCCAAAUGAUCCCACACAGCUUAAAUUACAGUGGUGUGAAAAACUAUUUGCCCCCUUCCUGAUUUCUUAUU